AUGGCAGACGAAGGCGCCUCGCCCAAAGAACAAUUGAUAGAAUCAUGCCGCCGCAACAACCCUGAACUCCUUACAACCCUUCUCCACCACCCACCCUUUCACAAGCAUCCCAAAGAGACGGCUCACUUCCUCAACACGACAACCGACGCCCUAGGAGCUGGAGCACUGCACGUGGCGGCGCAAUACGGCAGCUAUGAGGUGCUGGACCUGAUAUUAGAUCAAGAAGGAGUGGAGAUCGAUGGGAGAGAUCGAAGGGAGGGUGAUACGUGCUUGCAUAAGGCCGUGAGAUAUUGCAACACGUUGAGUCCCGAGGAAUGGGCGGAUGGCAAGAUGGUGGUGGAUAUUCUCGUCGAUGCGGGGUGUGAUCCGCGGAUAAGAAACAAAGCCAAACUCCGACCUAUUGACCUCGUAGACCCGCGAAACAAGGACGUGCGAACGGCUUUGCAGCAUGCCGAGAUGGCUAUGACUGCUGGUGGUGACGUGGUGGUCGAGGACGAUGACGAGCCGAAUGGUCCUGGCAGCGAGAGUGACUAG